AUGCCAUGGAGCCUACACCCUUCCAAUGGGGAGAAUAGUGUCGAUUUCUUUGCCAGUUAUGUUCCAGUUUUUAAUCAGAGUGUUCCAGUCACACACAUAGUUAGCUAUGACGCAUAUCUGCAGAUGCUGGUUCCUCCACUUCAAACGAGUCAGCCAACUCCACCUGAAGAGCUUCAUACUGUUGGCUAUGUGUUUACAAAUGAUGGGCAGCAAACAGGAAGUGAUGACAUAAGUCAGGUUGCAACAGGGCAUCAAAGCAAAAAGAAACAUUCCAGAGAAUCCAAGAGACACUCAUCAUCUAAGAGAAGGAAGAGUAUGUCCCUGUGGUUACACCAACAGGAAGAUGUUAGUGUCACUCAAAAUGUCUGUGAAGAGAAGACGAAAAACGGUCAACCCCAGUGUGAUAACAUCUUGUCAAUUGCUCCACCAGGGCUUAAUAUGGCAGGAGCCGGUAUUUCAUCCAUGAGUACCAAUGAUCUGUGUUCUACCGUCACUCACAAUAUCCAUGAAGAGAAGGUGGAAAAUGACCAACCUCAAUCUAAUAACGUAUUGUCAACUGUUCAACCAGUGGUUAUUUAUCGGGCAGUAGCUGGUAUUCUGGGCAUGAGUACCAGUGAUCAGUAUGCUACCAUCACUCACAAUGUCUUUGAAGAGAGGAUGGAAAAUAACCAACUACCAUCUAAUAACAUCUUGUCAACUGUUCUACCAGGGCUUACUUAUUUGGUAACAGCUGGUAUUCCAGCCAUGAGUACCAGGGAUCAGUAUGCUACCUCCACUCACAACGUCCAUGAAGAGAAGAUGGAAAAUGGGACACCAGUACCAGAUAAUGUCUUGUCAACUGUUCUACCAGGGCUCAUUAACAUAGAAGCAGAGGACUCUAUUGUCACUCACAAUGUCCAUGAAGAGAAGAUGGAAGAUGGCCAACCAGCACCUGAUACCAUCUUGUCAGCUAUUCUGCCAGGGCUUAUUAAUUUGGCAGGAGCUAGUAUUCCAGCCAUGAGUACCAAUGAUCUCUAUGCUACCAUCACUCACAAUGUCGGCAAAAAGAAUAAAAACAGCCAACCAGCACCAGAUAACUUGCUGUCCACUGUUACACGAGGGCUUAUUAGUUUGGCAGGAGCUGGUAUUCCAGCCAUGAGUCCCAGGGAUCUGUAUGCUACCAUCACUCACAAUGUCUGUGAAGAGAAGAUACAAAAAAAGCACCUGAUAACUCCUUGUCAGUGGUUCCACCAGGGCGUAGUAAUCUGUCAGGAGCUGCUCAGCUUUUACAUUUGUUUUCUAAAUGCUACUGUCUUUAACGAUAUCAAGGAGGAGGAGUUGGAAAAUGGUCAAACCCCUCCUGAUGGCUUCCUGUCAGAUUCUGCUCCACCAGACCUUAUAAAUAUGACAAGAGAUCGUAUGCCACCCAACCCACUGGAUUCUUUCCCUUAUAACUUCACUAGUCUCUGCAAAGAUGAGCUGCUUUACAAAAUUAAUAGUAAUGAGUUUGUGGUAGGAACCCAAAACAACAGCGUCUCUGCAGGUGACUCACCAGUCACAGCAAUGUCUUUAGUGGAAACUCUGCCAAAUGUGCCACAAAUAUCUCCUGCUAUGACAAAGAAAAUUAAUGAUGAUAUAAAAUAUCAAUUAAUGAAAGAAGUUAGAAGGUUUGGGCGAAAUUAUGAAAGAAUUUUCAUUUUGCUUGAAGAAGUACAAGGAUCUCUGAAAGUCAAGGGACAAUUUGUUGAAUUUAACACCAAGGAAGCAGCAAGGUUUAAAAAAGUUGUGUUAAUUCAGCAAUUCAAGAAGGUGCUUAAAGAAAUAGAUUCCCACUGCCAUCCCAGAAAAGUUAAGCACAUGAGGAAAAAAAUAAUUGCAUUAGUGCAAAGACCAAGGAGAAACAAGGAGAUUAUGCUGUAG